AUGAAUGAGGAGUUGGAGCGACUUUUGCCGAAAUUGUCGGUUUUCAAGUAUUCGAUGAAGCAUCCGGCGCGCUUCGAUUUGCAGGUCACGCUCGUCCAGUGCGUGAUCGACCGCCUCCUCGAGAUGGAAGGGGAGGUUCCCCUCAGAAGAGUGAUGGAAGUACUGAACGAUUACUUCCAGAGGAAGAAUAGCGGUAUCUGGCGCCAGUUGAAGAUGUCUCCAGAGAAGGUGCGUACGAUUGUCUUCGGCCUCGCCAAGCCAUUCGACAAGAGAGUGAGCAAGGUGGGAAUCAUCAAUCCGACUUUUCAAUCGACUUGCAUCAACAAGCUCAUCGAGAAGUUCGUGAUGACUAAUGAGUGCACUGUCGCGCGGCGAGAAGAAGUGAGACGUCAGUUCGACACGACGAUCGACUUUAGCUACAUUCGGCGAGGAUUUCUGCUCAACGUAGAGCCAGUUUAUUUCGAGCGCAUUCGCACGUGGUGGUGGGACGAGUCCACCAAGAAGGGCUUCGUCAAAACCAGAAAGGGCAAAGAGAUUGUGUCGAGAGCGGGUUGCCUCGUCCGCUUCCUUAUUUAUUCGCAGAAGGACUCCCUUUUGAAACGAUACCGUUUCCAGCUCUACUCCGAAAUCGCUGCGAAAAUCGGCAAAGCGAUUGAGAAUAGCCGCCGCGGAUUCAUCGACGUGACGAGUGUUUGUUACGCGGUAUUCGGCUUCACGCCGUUUUUCGUCGACGAAGGCAUCGUAGCCAACGUCGUUCUUGCGACAAGAGAACUCGAGUUUCUGGACCGCUUGACAAUCCGCUUUUCGGAAAUCGAGGACUCGAAAGAAAAGAAGAAGAAAAGAGAAGCGAGGAGGGCUGAGACGCGCGAGUCCUCCCUCGAGAAGCGAAACUACUCUUCCGACGAAGACUACUUCACAGAAGAAGUCGACUAG